AUGGAAUGGUCGGCAGUAUGUUCUCAGAAAGUCGAACUAUCUUCCCAUGCUUUUCCAUUUGUCGCCGGAAUUAACUCUGGGGAUAAGCUAAUCUUAAGUUCAGAAAUUCGAUGUGGAUUGCAUAUUUCCAAUUGGCAAUAAACGAAAAUCCUAGAACUUUCUGCUUAAAUUAACUAUAAGGAAGCUUUGAAUUGAUUUUUCCUGAAUCCUUCAAUUUCAUUUUCGAAACGAAACUAAAUUUUUUUGAAACGGAUUAAGAAUUGUAAUGAAAUAAUUGUUUGGUUGAUAAGUUUAGGUGAAAUUUGUUAGUGAACCUCAAUUUGCGGUGUUACGCGUUUCGAGUAAUUCCCGUUUCACUCUUAUCUAUUCUGUAUCUGAUUGUCUUCCUUACGGUGUGUUCAUCCCUUUGCAUCAUGUAAUGCUUUUGGUGUGCUUGCUAAAACAUCGUUUUUGGUGAAAAAAGAUCUAAUGAAGUGAAUAAUAAUUUCCAAGUGGAUGAACUUGAGCAUGUGUUGUUUUGCGAUACCUACUUUACCUGGGAUUCUCAUGUUGACAGUAAUAGCUGCGUUUUUCAUAUUUGUGACAGAGAAAGCACGAGUAGAGAAAGGGGUGAGAAAAUAAAACAAAGCCAAUGAUACUUAAUGGCAGCGUUGAUAGUUGGCCGCCUAAAAAAUAAAAGCACCAUAAGGAUGUUACUGAUUGGACCGGUAGUUUUUUCUGUGAGAGUCAAUUGGUAUGGGCUGAUGGGGGUCACUGAUCGACGGAUAAACAUAACAGGAAAUUCGUUGCGAAAUGUCAUUCAAAUUGAAGGAAUUGUUAAUUAAGUUUUAACUUAUGGCUGAUCCUCCUCAUAUUCAUAGGAGAUCUACGAAGGGUGCAGUUAUCACUCACACUUGUCGUUCCGACGUUUCUUUUAGAAGCAACAAAACAAAUUUUGACCCGCAGAUGUAUUACCGUGUAUUUGGAAUCCAGGCGAAAAUCAGUACAUCAUUUUGCUAAUAAUGAUGGAGGCAGAGGCCAUUCGUCUACAAUAUGAGGUUGGGGCAGUAAUAACUGAGAUGCGAAACAGUGGAAUUGAGCACGUAAAACAACUGAACAGUUCUAGAGAAGCGGCAUCAACUGGAAUUCAUCGAAAAUGUCACUCAUGUUUUGGACCUGAAUCCACUUCCUUGUGGGCUGGGUUGCUUACGAAUAUAGGAAUCUGCACCCUUUUAUUUUCUUACACAUUACUUGGCUCUUUCAUAUUUCUUGCGAUCGAGGGUGAAACAGUUACAAUGAAGCAACGAACUUUGGUUCUGACGAAUCGUCAGCAAAUGACAGAGCUGCCAAGCUUACAUCGUGCGGGGAAUAUAUCUUUGUCACCUGCGGCAAUAUCAGAUGCUUUUAUUGCACGUCAACGGACAGUUGAAAACAUUUGGGAUAUAACAGUAUCAUUAAAUAUUUUAUAUCGGGAGAACUGGACCAGGUUAGCUGCGUUGGAAAUAGUUCGAUUGCAAAAUAAACUGGUAAAACGUUUCGCGGAGGACAUCGCAUCGCAGCUUGGUCACAAUGGUCUAUCAGCAGGAGCUGUUGUGUUUAAUCCCAACCAGAACGUUGCUGAAAUUCAAGACUAUGAAUGGACCUUCGCGCAAGCAUUUCUGUAUUCCCUAACAGUGCUAACAACUAUCGGUUACGGCAACCUGGCUCCAAAGACAGCUCUAGGAAAAGUUGUAACUCUAACGUAUGCCAUUCUUGGAAUUCCCUUAACACUAGUGUAUUUAUCUAGUACUGGAGGAGUUUUGGCAAGAGUUGCUCGUGGUGUUUUCUCGAGAGCAUUAUGUUGCUGUUUAUGUUCGAAUUGUGGCUAUUGUUGCUAUGAUGAGAAACGGAUGGCUGAAAAAGAGCGUCGUAUGAAGAAGAAGCGCCAACAGGAGGAGUUCCGCGCACAGCAUUUUAUCUUUCAAGACCCAUAUAAUGCGCAGUCAGGAACAGUGCACAACAGCCUACACUCUUCGGACAAGCAAAUAGCAGCAGGCGAUGCUGACUCAUUGAGUUCUUUGGAUUCUAAUGUAUCAAUGCACGGUCUAAGUUUACUAGCUCCGAUUAUUUUGUGUGUUUCUAUAAUGGGAAUAUAUAUUUCAUUGGGGGCAAUAGCUCUUUACCGUCUUGAAGGUUGGUGUUUCUUGGAUGGUGUAUACUUUUGUUUUAUGAGCUUAUCAACGAUUGGAUUUGGGGAUGUUGUCCCUAGUCUAGUACGAAAGGAAUCCUCCACAAUAGUUUGGUUUUGCUCCCUGUACAUAAUGUUAGGGAUGGCUUUGACUGCAAUGUGCUUCAAUGUUGUACAUCAAGAAAUUGUGCACAGAAUACAACAUUAUGAAAGGACUGCAAAUCUUUAUCAACAAAAUCCCACCGAAGACACAUUAAUUAGAGGUACGACUACAUCCUGCCGCGGUUUAUUCCCCGACGUAAAUCAAUUACAUAUACCUAGAGGCUCCGUGACACAUAAUUUAAAUUACAACUUGACUCCAGUUGCCAGCAUGGAACCAAACAACUCCAGCAAUCCGCCUUGUAUCCCGACAGUGUUAUUGCCUGAAGUUCUGGAUGAUGUAUCUCAGAUGUUUCAGUUAGCACCAGUUAAAGAAUCACAACCAUCUAACUUUAUCAUCGACCAAAAAUUAAUACAACAAGCUAUUGUUGUUCAAAGUGUUCUCACCGGUGUAUAUACAUUGAGCGAGGAACCAGAAUUAGAGGGAGAUAACACUCAACUUAAGGGAGAUAGUCCUUAACUUAAGAUAGAGAAUUGUUUAACUUGCAAAUCAAACUUUUGAAAAAAAAUCUAAUUUUUACAAGUGAGGUGAAUAUCGCCUAUCAGCUCAUAUUUUUGAGCGGUAAAAAAUAAUAUAUCUAUUUGUGAGUAAUUGGAUGUAAUAGGAAGCAGCGAAGUGACCAAAAGAC